AAAUUUAGAGAAGGUUUAGCCAUCGAAGAGAAAGGACUUUUUAUAAUUUUUUUUAAUACUAUUAUUUACCACAACUUUUUAAUUUAAAUACAUUUCUGUAGACAUGCACAUGCAAGAUGAUGUCUGAUCAGUUUAGAAAAGUAGAACCAUAUUCUCCAAAGUCCUCACCUCGAGGAGCGAGGUCACCAGUUGUUUCACGGCAAGAUUCUUCUGGUACCCUCAAAACUACUAUUUCACUGGGUAAAAAUCCCUCCAUAGUACACAGUGGACCAUUCUAUUUGAUGAAAGAACCUCCAGGAGAAUGUGAGUUAACAGGAGCAACAAAUUUAAUGGCGUAUUAUGGACUUGAACAUUCGUAUAGUAAGUUUAACGGGAAAAAAUUAAAGGAAUCGCUAUCUUCCUUCUUACCUACAUUACCAGGAAUCAUGGAUGGACCUGGACAAGAGGAUAACAGUACAUUGGGUUCUGUUAUCGCAAAACGUCCUAUAGGAGGAAAGGAAUUAUUACCAUUGACUAGUGCUCAGCUUGCUGGCUUCCGGUUACAUCCGGGGCCACUUCCAGAGCAGUACCGCUAUGUGAGUGCUACACCACCAAAAAAACAUAAGAGCAAACACAAGAAACAUAAACACAAGGAUGGUGCUCCUCCAGGCCAAGAUACUCCACUUCAAGAUUCGUCAAAUCCAGACACCUAUGAAAAGAAACACAAAAAGCAAAAGCGCCAUGAUGAUGACAAGGAGAGGAAAAAGCGUAAAAAAGAGAAGAAGAGGAAAAAACAAAAACACAGUCCAGAGCAUGGAGGGCUAACACCCAGCCAACAUCCAUUACCUUAAGUUACAGUCUUUUUACUUCUAUAAUUAUGUUUAUUUAGUAUUUUUGUAAAUUUUUUGCUUAAAGAACUGGCAAAACUAUUAUUUCCGCAAACAAUAAAUAUUUGAGAAAAAUUUAGUAAGUAAACUCUAUUUUCUACAUAACAUAUAUAAAUUUCAUUUUUUAAUGUAGGUUAGUAAAAUUUUAGUUUUUUCACCGUAAAAAAAAAUAGUUUUUAUUGAAUUCAACAAUUAUUGUGGCUUCAUUUUAUUUUUGAAAAACAAGUUGAUCCAAAGAUAUUUUAUGUUAUGGCAAAACAUAAUGACUCCCGUAACUAUACAUGAAAUUUUGUUAUAAACCUGUUGUACUGGCAUACCAAAAAAUCUAUUAUUUAAUAAUUCAUUAUGAUAUAAGCUACAUGUUUGCAAUACCUUUUACAGUUUACUCACACAGUCAACAUUAAUUCUAUAAUAAGAAAUUAUUUGAAUUGAAUAGGUCUGAGAUAAGUGUAAUUGUUGUUAAUAUUUCUUUAGGAUUGUCAUAACUAGCUUAAGUUAUUUAUAUAAAGACAAGAGAAAUAAAAACUGUAAAGUAUGUGUCUUUAUUGGUAAAUAAACUUGUAUUUGGUUAAUUAUCAAUGGAAUCAAAUCAAUACUUUAUGAAUACCUUAUUUUUUCAUAGUAAAAUUUGUUCAAUUAGUAAAUAAGCUAGAUAUAAGACAUGAGUAUAAUAUGUUGAAAUGCGACAUUUUGUAUGUUUGAAACGACACAUUCUAAUUUAAGUUUCAGAGAAUCCUGUAAUGUAGAACUAUGAAAAAUAAAAUUACUGUGAAACCAA